GACCAGUGGAGAGCAAAAACGAAGCAGCCAUGUCUGAGCUGGUCCCAGAGACACGACAAAAACCAGCCGUACCGAUGAAACCCAUGGGCAUUAAUGCCAACUUGCUGGGCUACAUCGGUAUUGACACCAUCAUUGAGCAGAUGCGGAAGAAAACCAUGAAGACAGGUUUUGACUUCAACAUCAUGGUUGUAGGUCAGAGUGGACUGGGAAAGUCGACACUGGUAAACACCCUCUUCAAAUCCCAGGUGAGCCGCAAAUCUUCAGGCUGGAACCGGGAGGAGAAGAUCCCCAAGACAGUGGAAAUCAAAGCCAUUGGGCAUGUCAUUGAAGAAGGCGGUGUCAAAAUGAAGCUGACAGUGAUUGACACCCCGGGAUUUGGGGACCAGAUCAACAAUGAGAACUGCUGGGAGCCUAUUGAGAAAUACAUCAACGAGCAAUAUGAAAAAUUUUUGAAAGAGGAGGUGAAUAUUGCAAGGAAGAAACGAAUUCCAGACACACGAGUGCACUGCUGCCUCUACUUCAUCUCCCCCACAGGCCACUCCCUGCGGCCUUUGGACCUGGAGUUCAUGAAACAUCUCAGCAAGGUAGUCAACAUCAUCCCAGUUAUUGCCAAGGCUGACACCAUGACCUUGGAGGAGAAGACUGAAUUCAAACAAAGAGUGCGCAAAGAGCUAGAAGUAAAUGGGAUCGAGUUUUACCCCCAGAAAGAAUUUGAUGAGGACUUGGAGGAUAAAACAGAGAACGACAAAAUCAGGCAGGAAAGCAUGCCCUUCGCAGUAGUGGGCAGUGACAAGGAGUACCAAGUGAAUGGCAAAAGAGUCCUGGGCAGGAAAACACCUUGGGGAAUCAUUGAAGUGGAAAACCUCACUCACUGUGAAUUUGCCCUUCUUCGAGAUUUUGUUAUCAGAACCCACCUUCAGGACCUAAAAGAAGUGACCCACAACAUCCAUUACGAGACCUACAGGGCCAAGCGGCUGAAUGACAACGGAGGGCUGCCCCCCAUGGCUGUCGAGACAGAGGAAAACAAUGAAAGUAACCUGUGGACUUUGGAGGUGGGAGCUGUGUUUCUUUUUUUAUCACUUGGAGACAUGGCAAGGAGAGACUCCAGAGAGAUGGUGGAGUCAGUGCAUGCAGUGUCUUCAAGUGAUGGCAGCAGUGAUGUCUGUGGGGUCUUCAGUGGGUGGGAAGGCAACUGGCUGGUCUGAGGGCACAGUGGCCCAGUAUUUUAUCCCCAUUUCUUGCUGUGGCUUGCCAAGGGGAAAUGGCCACCUUGGAAGUGGAUAGAUGGGACAAGUGGCACACUGACAUGUUUCGCAGUUCAGGGUAAGCAACCAGUGGAAGGAAACAGAAUCAGUACUUGGGUUGUAGCAUCUAUUUGAGAAGCAUCAAAGUACUUGGGGGAAAUACCUGUAUUUUCCAAAGGAAGCAAAAUCCAGAGGAACCAAACAUGUUUCUGCUGCAGAGAGUGCACUUGUCCUGCCCAGCGCUAAGAUCAAAAGCCAUGCUUUGAGUACCACAGGUUUUUGAUCCUGUGCAUCCUCUAGCUCAGACCAAGCUAUGCUGAGGUCUCCCCACCUCACUCCCCAUUGCAGCGGUCCCUCUGGUCUCUCUCUGCUGGCACUGCACAGGUCCUGGCCAAACUUUUCUCCCACAACAUGGACCCUUUGCUAUGGGAGUACAGGAAAGACAGUGCAAUGGCAGGUCUCAGCUGAGGACUCCCCCAGGAACAACCCUGAUCAACACAGGGCCUUCAGGAUCUCAAAGGAGUGCAGAAGAGCUGUGGAAGAAGAGGCAUAGGGCCAGGGUGUCUCCCUGGGUCUCCACUGGUUGGGGGAACACAAGAGAUACCUCCUCCUCACUGAAAUGGCUGUUUGCUACUCCAGCAGUCUCAGCCCAUGCUGCUCUUCCACCCUCCUACUGCCCUCCCAGCUUCCACACCGUCCUCUCUUGUGCUUUUGCCCUCAUUCCCUUUUGGCCCUUCACAGCUUCCUUCCUUUCUUUCCCUGUUUCACUUUUUCUGCUCUGGGCCCUUUCUGUCUCUCCUUUUCUUUGAGUACUUGAACCUUCCUCUUCUCCAGACUCCUCCCUCUCCCAAGCUCUCACACCUCCUCAUCAAUUAUCAAUGUUCUUUUGUGUCCUGCUGAGAAGUUGUAGGUUUACCUUCCCCUGGAGGGGACAGGGAGAGAAGGUAAAGCCCCAGGAGCAGAAAGAGGCACAGCUUUACUGAAGACUACAUGCCUGUGCCUAGCCAGCUUUGGCUCUUUCCUGUAUGUCUUUCAGCCAGGCGGAAAGUGUCAGGGAUGGCUGGACAGAAGGGAGGAGGAGAGAAAAUUGCAGAUGUCCUGAGUGUGGCAGUCUCUACCUGUCACCUAGCAUGUCACACAGUUGGCAGGGGCUGUCACCUCCAGGAGAACAAUGGUUGCAUUUAUAGUGCAUGUGCAGAACAUUAUGGCAUGGGACAGUAGUACUGUGAGUCAGGGGAAGUGCGGUGGUGGGUUUGGGAUGGAGGUUGGAAAGGACAGUGCAGGAGGCAGGAAGAGGUCCCAGUGAGGGAGUAGCUGGGGAUGACUCCAGCCAAGCCUGAGGUUGGUUGACAAGGUUGUACUGGGACCAAGGCUGGGAAGAGGCUGCUCCAAGCCUUGGCAGAACCAUCUAAGAACACAUGUCCAUCUUGUGGCUUUCUCUGGUGCUGUCACUGCAAAGCAAAGGUCUCCUCACUUUUGUUCCUACAUGUCCACACAAAUUAACCAUUCUCAGCAUCACUAGGACCUGAGGGCCGUACCAGCUGUUGGCAGUCCUUUCGCUACCCACAUUCACGGCUCCCAGUGAUCCUGUAUGCAGCGUGUGUAUAGAGCCUUGCUACUGCCUUCUUGUUUGCACCAGGGUCCUUAGCCCCACAGAGAAUAAAUCCCUCACCAUCGGUGCCACCAGCUGCACCGUGCACCCUGCAGAAACCAUCCUGUAAUGCUGCUCCCCAUCCCACCACCAACACUGGCUGUCCACAGCCCAGCGUGAGGCUUUCUCCCAACUUACCUUCAUCAGCCAGCCAGGCCAGGUUCCCCCAGUGUGAACAGUGUCCCACCAUCUCUGGCUGCUGGAAGCUUUUUCUCCGCCUACUCUGCUGUGGCUGCUCUUGCCUUCUUGCCUAGACUCUAGACAGUGUUUUAAACUCGGUGCAACAGGAAAGACUCCCCCGGGGCUCCUCCUCUUCACCGCACUGAAGCACGAAGCCGACAUCUGUAGCAGGGGCAUGCAGAGAUGUUCCCUGCACUUGGUUUCUCACACAGCUCUCUCUGGAGGCCACACAACUGCUCCAGAGGAACUCUCUUGCCACUGAGCUGCAUCACUCUCAGCUGCAGUGUGGCCAUUUCUAUGACUUUUGGGACCAAACAAAGGUUACAGCA